AAGACAACUCAACUUUUCGAUUCUAUUAUUGAUGUUGAUUCCGAAAAAAGUUCUGCUCGAAGAAAAUCGCAUUUAUUUACUUAUUUUUCUAAAUUACGCUAUUUUUCAUUAGAAAUUGUUGUGAUACAAAAUGAAACUGAAGAGAUAUAAAUAUAUUUCACACUACCUGAUUAAAAUGAUCACACUUUUGUUAUAAAUAAAAUUUUUUUGAAGGAUGAUGAUUGGAUACUAAAAGAGCAAGAUGUUGGGAUUUCGCUUCAGCUAUCUCUAUAAGCUGCACACUGAAUCUUUUAUGGGAUUUAAUGCUGUCUGCCUGCCUGGUAAUCCACCCGGAGCAUUUUAUCGUUCCAGUUUACCAGCUACACCAGUCUCCACUCCAAUCAGAGAGAAUGGACGGUUUUCAGAGCAAGCCCUGCGUGAGAGGCUAUGCCGGACUCCGUCACCAAGGAAGUGCAGACUGUUCGAGUCCAGGGUUUCUGAGCCGGACAUCGGUUUUAACGUCCUAAAUUCUGGGCUUCAGCUGUCCUCCCCUGAUGAUGAAAUAGAUGAAGAAGCUCCCCUCGCUUUUUCACCUGCUAGACCAAGCCUGCAAAGUCGUCUGGAGAGGUUAGAGCAGGAACAAGAAACUCCUGCCAACAAACUCAGACGAAGGAUUUUUGUGGGAAACAUUCCAGAUCGAGUUACGAAAAGAGAGUUAAAAGACUUUUUCAGCAAGUAUGGAAGAGUAACUGAUUGCGUUAUUGUUCAAGAUCACAUUAAAAGAAAAUCUAGAGGUUAUGGCUUUAUUAUAUUCUCUAAUCCUCAAGAAGCAGAGGAGGCUAAGAAUGCUUCUCCUGAAGAUCUAGAAAUUUAUGGACGAUCACUUAGAGUUUUCCCUGCUGAACAGAAAAGAACUGAAAAGUAUAAGAAAGAAGCCAGGGAAAUUUUAUUUCAACAAAAUGUGGAGAGUGAUUUAUCCCCCACCUAUGAUGAGGAAGGUGAUAGACAAUUCUUUAGCAGAACACCAAAGACAGAUGGUUUGCAGAACAUAAAUGAAAUGUCUGAUGAUAUGUUGUUGUUGAUAUUUUCUUAUUUGGACAUUAGAGAAAGAACUAAAUUAGAAGCUGUAUGCAAAAAAUGGAGGGGUUUAUCAUUAUCUUUGUGGAAACGACAGGCCUGUAUUAACCUACAAAAUGUAUUCUGUAUUUGGGAAGGAAGGCCAUUAACCAAUAGCAUCCUUUUAUCAAUUUUGAAAAAGUGUUCAGGAAGUCUUAGGAAACUAGAUCUCUCCACUGCCUCCCACACACUGGACUACAAAGCUGUGGAAAUUAUAGCUCAAUGCUGCCCGAACCUAGAGCAAAUAAAUUUAUCAGGAGUUAAAGUCACAAAUGUUUCUUUGCAACAAUUGGCAAUAAAGUGUCCAAAAUUAAAGCAAGUUCUUUUACAAAGGUGUUUCGAAGUAGGAGAGAAAGGUAUCUGGUGGCUGUUGCAUUUAUGUAAAAAAUUAGAAUUCAUAGAUUUGACGGGUAAUACAAGAAUAACUGGCCAGUGUUUUCACAUGGCUGGUUCUUGCCUUUCUACAUGUGUGCUAAAUAAGUGUUCAAGGUUCAGUCCCAUUGGGUUCACAAAAUUAGCAACUAGAUGCCGAAACCUUACAACAUUGUACCUGAAUGAUUGUUUUCUCCUAUCUGAUAGAGCUCUGGAAUUAUUAUGCCAGAGCUUAAAAAACUUGAAAACAUUGUAUGUGGGCGGACUUUUUCCUGAUUUAACAUCAAGUGGUUUGCAUCACAUUGGAAGAUUAUCUAGUCUUGAAAACUUAUCAUUGUCUCAUAAUCAUAACGUAGAUGAUGAAGUAAUCUAUGCAAUUAGCAGAGGCUGUAAAAAAUUAAGGUACCUGGAUAUUUCAGGUUGUGCAGAAAUAAGUGAUUAUUCUUUGAGUUCUCUAUCAUCAAGUUAUAGUCUAAGAACAUUUUACAUGAGUUAUUUAGAUCGGAUUACUGAUGAGGGGUUAUCAUCAAUUGCUAAACAAGGAAUGUUAGAAAAAAUCCAGUUGAGAGGUUGUCCUAAUAUUGGAGACCAAGGUCUGUUGACUCUAGUCCUUUUAUCACCUUAUUUGCAACACUUAGAUAUAAGUGGAUGUCAACAUGUUACGAAUGUUACUGUAUCUGCCUGUUUAGACUCAGUUCAAGCACGUUCAUCUGGAAAGAAACUGGAGCUUAUUGCAGGAGGCACUGCAAUAGAACUGGAGGCUUUAGAAUUAGAUUCUUCACUUCUUGAAGUAUCUCGUCAGAACUAUUGCGUUUCUAGCUUUCGCCCUGACCGCUUGGAGUUUUACAAUGCAUUGGAUGAUGAAGAUGAGGAACCAGCUAUUCAAGAAGAACCAAGUUCUUUGCUUGAAAAUAAGGAACCAGCUGAUGUCAGUGAAACUCUCACAGAAGUCGAUGCAAAUGGAGAAUGGUCAGAGAUAUUUGAAUCACCUUUAUGAGGAAAGCUUUUCACGAUAAUUUUUAAGAUUAAAAUUAAGUUUUUAAUGUGUAACUACGCGUGAUGAGAAAAUGCAUUGGAAUGCAACUGUGCUCGAAAGAAAAGUUUCCCUGAAUUUUUUAGCAAUGCAUUUAUCUUUUUGUUCCUAUUUGUUACAAAGAUCGAACAAUUUGAGAGAGUGCUCUUUAGAAUUGUGAUAGACUGAGAUUUGAAAAAAAAUUUAUGAAGUUUUCUUACCAUAAUUUGCCGUGCUUGUUUAGCUGCAAUAUUUUACCUUUGUUAAAUUAAAGUUCAUCAGUCGAAGUUGAAAUAGUGUAAAUAUUACUUAGACAUUAUUUUCUACUGUGUGUUGUUGCUGUUAGAUAAAUUUUUAAUUUUGA